AAAAAAUGUAUCAAUAUCUAAAACCGGAAAUAAAAAGAAUAUUAGAAUUUCUUUAAAUACAUCAUUUCCAUAUGCAAUUGUAUUAUAUUUACAUAACCCAUGUAUUAAAAGCGCAUAUCAAAUACGUUGUGAAGGAUAAAUGCAAAAAUUUGCAAAACUUAGAAUAAUUAUAUAUUAAAUAUCAGACAAAUCAACAUGGAAGAUGCGUUGCCGGAGAAGAAAUUUCUAGAGAGGAAUUCGCUGCUCACCGAUCUCUUUGAGAUCACGCAUAUUCGUACGGUUUAUAAUCUAUUCAUGGUGACUUUUAUAUUGUUUUUCCUCCACACUGCUGUAAAUGACAUCAUAGAGUCUGGAACGCUGCUCCUCGGGACUGUUACGAUACGGAAAGGUUUCACGAAUUUACCAACUUGUCUCUACAUUUGGUCGCUCAUGCAAAUCUCGACGCUCGGUGUCUACGUUGCUUUCAAUUUCUGGUCUCACUCACGACUACAACGCUUGCCAAAAUAUCUUAUUGCCCGAAAACUAUGGGAUUACGGUUGGCUGACAAUCUUCAUAAUGUAUCAAGUCCUGUUUAUAAUUUUUCCUAAUAGAGCAAUAAACAGAGAGAAUCUAGGCGUAGCUUGCAAUAUAGCCUUACUUUUGGAACAAUUACGUCUGAUCAUGAAACAUCAUGCUUUCGUUAGGAGCGUGGCACCCAGAUUUUUAUCAUACAAACCCCAUAGCGAUAUUUCACCGCCGAGUGGACCUCGAUUUUCGCAAUACUUGUAUUUCCUGUUCGCGCCGACUUUGAUAUACCGCGAUGAAUAUCCAAGGACAAAAAAGAUCAGGUGGAAAUUCGUGAUUCAAAAUUUCGCCCAAGUCGGCCUAAUGAUCUUCUAUUUCGCCUUUAUCCUGGAGCAAUUUGUGACGCCGGUCUUUUAUACCUUUGGUACACAGCCUUUCGAACCAAUGUGGUUCGUCAAGAAUAUUAUCGACGCGAGCAUUCCCGGGGUCCUCGUUUUCAUCUCCGGGAACUAUCUUCUGCUGCACGCGUGGAUGAAUGCCUGGGCGGAGAUGCUGCGAUUCGCUGACCGGUUGUUUUAUAAGGAUUGGUGGAACUCCACGUCCUACCGCAUGUAUCAUCGCACGUGGAACGUGGUGGUCCAAGACUGGCUCUACGCGUACAUCUACAAGGAUAUGUACGAGAUCGUGGUGCCGCGCAACAAGUCGCUCGCGACCUUCACCGUAUUUCUCAUAUCAACCAUCUGGCACGAAUAUAUCUUUGCGUUCACGUUCCAUUUCUUCUACCCAGUGUUCUUGAUUGUUUUCGGCGUAUCCUUUAUUCUAAUCUUGUGCAACGUCUUCAACAACAUCAGCAUGUGGGUGAGCUUCUGUAUCGGCAACGGCAUUCUGGUCAGCCUGUAUGCGACAGAAUAUUAUGCCCGUUACAACUGUUCGCCAUAUUCCGAUCACUAUGCGGACUUGCUUCUACCGCGAAGCUGGAGCUGCCAGAGGCAACUUGCCGUGUAGGGUGUUCAUCUUCCAGCGAUGAAUUCUUUUCGCGGGAUAAUUUAUUUACCGUUUCAGAGAAACUAUUAGCGGGGAAUUCAUCUCGAAGUGUAAAGUGACGGAGAAGCUCUCCGCUAUUAUUGUACAUAUGUUAAUAUGAUUAAUUAAUUAUUAUGCAUAAUUACCGGCAAAUAUAUUUAA